UAAAUUUUUCACAUCCCCUACCUAUCAAUUGAUUACUUAUUUUUUGGACGCACUGGGCUAAAAAAUAUUUUUUCGCCACCAAACAAUGGAAGCCCUGGUGAACUAUAGUAGCGAGGACGACCAGGAGGAUGCGGGCUACCAGAUACGGGCACCACAACAACAACAACAACUGCAGCAGCAGCCGCAUGCUAAGACACCAACAACAACAACAACCACUAGUAACUUCCUAAAGCAGAGGAACAACAACAACAGUGACUACAACUACAACAACAGUCCCAGGGAAAAGGAAAGGGACAGGGAGUCGGAGCGGGAGAGGGAGAGGGAGAAAACGCGUCGACGCCACCACACUCCCACUCCCCCGCUGCCGACGUCGCAGCAGCAGCAGGCGCAGCAGAAUCACAGGAGCAACAGCAGAGGCCGCAUUGAUGAGGAUGAGGACACACUCACCACACACACGCCCGCUCACACACACACACACCCACUCACUGGUGGCGAGAGAGAGAGAAAGCGAAAGCGAAACAGAAAGAGAAAGAGAGAGAGAUCAAGCCGCACGAAAGAGCCGCAGCCCAGCAGUCGCCACCGCCAGGAGCGGGACAAGGACAGGGAGCGGGAGCGGGACCGCGACCGCGAACGCGAGCGGGACAGGGAUAAGGAUAAGGAAAAGGACCGCGAGCGGGAGCGGGAGAAGCGCGAUUCAGAACGCAGUCGCGACAAAGGACGCGACAAGGAUCACAGCAAGGGCGAUCAUCGCCACCAUCGUACCAAAGACGGCAACAGCCACAGGGAGCGAGAAAGGGAUCGCGACCGGGAGCGGGAAAGGGGGCGAGAUCGCGACAAGGAACGCGAGCGCAGGCGUUCGGAGAAGAGCGGUCGCCACCACAGCGGCAAGGAGCGUCACCAUCAUCACAACAACUCCUCAUCCUCCUCGUCAGCCGUCGCUGCCACUGCAGCGAUCAAUGCAGCAGGGCGUCGCUCCUAUGAUGACCGCAGUCGUCGUCGCCGAGAUUCCCGAUCCCGUUCCCGCACGCCCACGGGCACGCCACCCACACGUCGCCGCCAGCAGCCGCAGCAGUCCCGCAAAUAUCGCGAACGCGAGUCAAGCAGUCGCUCCAGAUCUCCGAAGGAAGAGCCAUCUGUGGCGCUUCGCACUGCAGCCGGGGCCGGAACUCAUCUGUUGCUUGGGAAAUCCGUUAGCGGGGUAGGAGGAUCGUCGGCUUCCACAGCUAUAGCAGCAGCAUCUGCAGCCAUUGCAGCAGCCGGUGGUGGAGGAGGCGGUGGCCUACUGCCGACCCCCAAUUACGCGCCUAAGAUACCCUCGCUGAUGUCCUUGGAACUGAGCACGCCAGCGGUAGCAGCUCCUGCACUAGAACCCCCCAUCCAGCUGCCCAGCUACUACAACCCGGGCAUCAUCAAUGCCAACCGCUAUGCAGAGCAGCAGCAGAAGCGUAAGCUUCUGUGGGGCUCGAAGAAGGCCGAGGACUCGGCAAACAAGUGGGGCAACGCCCACUUCUCGCAGGACUCGGACGGCAAGGUGGCCUCGAAGUUUAUGCGGCUGAUGGGCAUCAAGAACGCGGGAUCGUCCGGAGAUGGUGAGGCCAGUGGUGGUGGCCACGACCAUGCAGAGGCCAGCAACGGCAGUGCAGCCGGCGAUGGAACUGGUGGGGGAGGAGCUGCAGCACGGAGCGAAAGUGGAGUGAAAGUGCCCACUGAUGUGCAGCAGCGCCAGCGCAUGUUCUCAAACAUGGAGCAGCAGUACGAGAUGGCGCGAGCCGCCACUCAUACGAUGCGCGGCGUGGGCCUCGGUUUCGGCUCCCAGCCGCGCACUUUCUAGAGGGGAUCGGCGAAGAACGGGCCCCCAACCAGGCUGUAAAUACCAUGCCACCCACUCAACUCAUUAGUCAUGUCAAGAUGUUUCUCCUCAACCACUUUUUGUUUGUGUUGAGCAAAUGUUUCUUUGAUUUCAAAUAAACGUUGCAACCGAAUUUAUGAAA